AUUUUAAGGAUGUAGUAUGCAUCCAUUAGUUAACUUGAUGGCAGAUGCUCAGCGGGAGCACCAGUCCCAUAUUCGCCGCGCUGUGUAUUCUGGGAACACACAGUAGUUUCAAGAUGGCGGCGAGCAGGAGGCUGGCCAAGGAACUUGACGAGAUUCGCAAGUCUGGAAUGAAAAACUUCAGAAACAUUCAAGUUGAGGAAUCAAACCUAUUGUCAUGGCAGGGGCUCAUUGUUCCUGACAACCCUCCUUAUGACAAAGGUGCGUUCAGAAUCGAAAUCAUUUUCCCAACCGAGUACCCUUUCAAGCCUCCCAAGAUCACAUUCAAGACAAAGAUCUACCACCCCAAUAUUGAUGAGAAGGGCCAGGUGUGCUUGCCUGUGAUCAGUGCAGAGAACUGGAAGCCUGCCACCAAAACUGACCAAGUGAUUCAGUCCCUCAUUGCGCUGGUGAACGACCCCCAGCCGGAGCACCCUCUAAGGGCAGACCUAGCAGAAGAAUACUCAAAGGACCGUAAAAAAUUCUUGAAGAACGCUGAAGAGUUUACAAAGAAACACGGCGAGAAGCGGCCAAUGGACUGAUGACCUGACGAUCGUGUAGCCCUCUCUCUGUCUCCUCUUUCUCCCCCCCUCUCCUUCUAUCUCACUCGCCCAACCAAACACAGAUCUCCCUCUUACCUCCCUGCCCCCCCCCCCCCCACCCCCCCCCCCCGCUCAUACCCCCCUCCCCUCCGUCAUACCGGUCCUCCCUGCAGUCCAGGAGCUGCCCAGCUGAAACCCGGCAGUGGCAGUCUCACCGUCCCCCCCUCAUCCAGGACUCUCUGUGGAUCAGACAGCUUCCUCCCCUCCCCUCCCUCCUCCUCCUCCUGCUCGGCCAUAAAUCUCCAGACCAUUUCUAACUUUUUACUCUUUUCUUAAUGGGGAAAAAUGGGAAAAAAUAGCUAAGGGAACAUGAUGUUCCGAUGAGGAGUUAGAUGGAAAUCCGGAGUAAUUUUUUCAUUUUUCUGUUUGCUUUUCCUCUAUAGACAACUCUUGUGUUAAAUAGAUGACCACUUAGACAUGAUUUUUCUGAAGUAUCUUAUUUUUUGGUAAAACAGGUCGAUUACUCGUCCUUUUUCUUUUGGCCCACCCUUGAUAAUAUUUGAGGCUUAAAACACGAAGGUGACAGACAGAACAGAGGCUGUAGGUAGGACGUUCGAAGUGUCCCCUUACUCACCUCCACUGCUUCUAGACUUGCACUGUACUCUACGGGACAAUCCCUUACCCCUCCCACCCCCACCCCCAACAAACAGUGGCAGACCAUACUUCAAUUGAUUGGUUAGAGCUGAACAUGCUACAGAAGAUUCCUGUUUGUUGAUGAAACCAAAUUGCUUUCCAAACAUGCAGUUAUCUUCCGUCCCCACAUUGGACAGGAAAUGGAGUGGUACCAUGCCGUUAAAACGCUUCUUUCCAUAUUCAUAAUUCUUUCUCCCCUAAAUACUUUGGAUUGGCACAUGAUAUUUAAAAUUGGAAACGUGGGAAGGUUGUUAAUUGAAAUCUUUCUCACAUAUUUUCCCCCAAUAUAACCCCCGUCCCCCCCAUCCCCUUUACCACAUUGCAACAUAAUGUCAGCUGCCCUGCUGUGAAGGACAUAACUUGUCGAGAGGGGGGGUGGGGGGGAGCUGGAGAAGGAUGCACUCGGCUGGAAUGAAGCUCAGCUCCUGGAGGCGGUCUUAGUAUCGGGCACCUUGGAGGCAGCUGGGAGAGAGCUGGCUGCCGGGGGUGUGUCGGGACACGGGAAGGGACUGCAGUGGCCAAAACACCACCAUGUAACAGCUGUAUGAUCUGGUCCCAAUAUUGUUUCAUAAUAAAGAUGGCUAACCAUUUGGCCUCACUGUC